AUGACCGAAACGCCUUCUACUGUCCAAUCGCCGCUUCGGAUCGGCACCCGGCGAUCCAACCUCGCUGUUGUUCAGGCAGAGGGCAUCCGGGAUCGUCUGCGAGAGAUCGUGCCAGACCAAUCCUAUGAGAUCGAGACUCUUCGUACGUUGGGUGACCGAGACCAGUUGACGGCGCUCUACAACUUUGGCGCUAAGAGUCUUUGGACCACCGAGUUAGAGGAGAAGCUCACCUCUGGUGAAUUGGAUGUCAUCGUACAUUGUUUGAAAGAUAUGCCGACUCGGCUGCCCGACUCGUGUGAGCUUGCAGCUACUCCGCAACGGGACGAUCCCACAGACGCACUGAUCGUCAAGGCCGGCCUACCGUACACGAGCUUAAAGACUCUGCCCGAUGGCGCAGUUGUAGGCACUUCAUCGGUUCGACGGUCGGCCCAGCUCCGCCGGCUUUACCCCCAUCUUCGCUUUGCCAAUUUACGCGGUAACGUGGAGACUCGUCUCGCAAAAGUAGACGAUCCGAAUAGUGAGUAUACGUGCAUGGUCAUGUCAACGGCCGGCCUCGAGCGCGUAGGCCUCAAACACCGCAUCAAUCAAUACCUCCACUCGAAGGAUGGGGGCAUUUUCCACGCCGUCGGCCAGGGCGCCCUGGGCUUGGAAAUUCGCAAAGGAGACGCGAAGAUGCGCGCAUUGCUAGAUCAGUUAGCUGACCACAAGUCAACUCUUGCUUGUCUCGCCGAGCGGUCCCUGAUGCGAACGCUAGAAGGCGGCUGCAGUGUCCCUAUCGGUGUUGAGACCGAAUGGAUUCAACCCGACAAGUUGCGGAUGACUGCCAUCGUCGUCAGUCUGGAUGGCUCCCGGAGCGUCCAGGACACCGUUGAUGCAAAACUCGAAACUGCCGACGAGGCGAACGCACUCGGCCAAGAACUGGCCGCAAGACUAGUCGCGGGAGGGGCAGAGGCGAUUUUGAAAGAUAUCAACGCCAACCGGCCUGCUAAGGACUGA